UUUUGGUUAUUCGUUUGUGUUCUAUUGCCGGCGCCCUGCUUGAGCCAUUGAGCUUUGUUUAAUAUUUUAAUUUGAUUAUUGAUAUUCUUACCGCGUAAUAGAAAUUUUUCAAUUUUCAAACUAGUCAUAUACUCAAUGUAAACGUGAGUUAAAUACGGUGAUUGAUAAUUAUUAUCACUUAAAGAUAAAAAAUUGUGUACGUUCGUGCCCUUCAAAAUGGAGAUUCCGACCGUCGAUCGGGAGGUGAACACACGUGUUUUUGCGGUUGUUUGCACCCAUUUGAGACUUGGUGGUGGAAUUGGUGAGUAGGUGAUUGUUUAACAUCUGUGUAUAGAGGAAAAGGAGGUGAAAUGGAGUUGGAGUCCCUGAGGGAUCCUCCGGACUCGCAGGAACCAAUGGACCAGUCACAUCCCGGCCCUUCCCAAGAUCUAACAAAGGAUAGGAAAAGUCUCUCAAGAAAGGAAUCCAAAACCAACAAGCAAUUACCACGUUGUUUUCUCCACUGAAUCGACAUUGGCGGAAUUAUUGCGGAACACAAAGCCGCAGUACAAAGAGAAGAAAAGAAGAAGAAGUUCAUGUUUUAUAGCUAUGUAUUGGCAAGGCACAUGUUCAACUAGUGAAGAUUGUUCAGAUAGUGAAGUGGAAAUAUUUGGAUCAGAAGAAGAGACAAUUGACAGAAACUCAGCUGACGACAAACAAAAAAAAUUCUCUAGUUUAUCAACUUUUAAUAUCUCAAAAAAUGCUGAUGAAGAUGACUCUAUAGAUAUUUUCUUGCCUUUAAAUCAGGAAGCCUUGAAAGAAAACCGUAAUCUGUGUCCAAACGAAAAUGAAAAUCUAGAAAAUGGUCUAAAAAGAGCCAACUCUCAGGAAUUGGAAACUAAUAAAAGAAUAUUAUUAGCGUGUUCCGGAACAUCUGACUCAAGUGGGACCGGUCGUAGAUUGUGGAGAACAGAACGUCGCAAAUUCAAUUAUGGCAAUGGGACUUCCGAAUCGAGCGACUGGAUAUCAGAAUCUGGGUCUAAGCAUGUGUCGUCGCUACCGGCCUGGUUUGGCAGUAAGGGAAGGCCAAGAAAAUCUCCAUCACUUAGCGGAUCUGUGGAGGAUAACAACGCUGUGGUACAGAAUGGGCAAUCUCCUAAAAACAAUGUCACUUAUACGCGCGAAGACGAUGUAGAUCAAGACGUAGUUUUUUGGAAGCUGUCAUACUUUAAGGAAAUGAAAAAGACUGAAGAAUUGACAAAGUUGAUAAACCAGACGAAGGGAGAAGAGCAGCAAGGAGAGCAUAGUCGAGUUCCGCCAGAGCAGCCAACAUCAGCGCAGAACAGCAAUGCAAACGAGUCAGCCCUAACACCUGAAUCGAUAGAAAACAUUCCAGAAACUUCGCAGGUGCCACCACGCCCUCAACCACAUCCACCAAAGCAGACAGGCACUGUUAAGAUGAAAUUUAUUAAAAAGAAUGCGGAGGUGCAAAUACACGUAAAUGCCGACCCGUCUCAACUCGGCCCGAUCAUGGCGCGCGUGGCUCAACUGUUCCAAAUGGAACCAGAGCAGUAACGGCUAGCAGUGUGAGCGCCGAAACUGGCGCACUAGCGCCCGAGCGUGAAACGUGACAGAUCUACUCGGGCUAGUGAAUAAUAUGAAUGUUACCACAAAUAUGUCUCUCUUUCUAUGUUUACGUUUAGGUUUAGGUUUACGUUCAUGAUUUCUAGAUCAACAGGUUUACGAUAGGUUGGUCAUCUUUUUAUUAGGUGUGUGGUUGUGUGAGUGUGAGUGAACGUGUGCGUGUUUGAGCGUGUACGUGCGUGCGUAUGUCAAUGUCACAAAAAGUCUAAGGCGAAAUUGCAAAUAACUGUGUGUAUUUACACACAUGUAGAAUAUAAACCAAUCCACAUAAUAUGGAAGUGGUCCACUGAAUUGAGGCAUACCAAAGAGUGGGACUCCUACACAUACGAACGUUUCGCGCUUAGUUGCGUUCACAGAGUAUACCGCAGAUUUUAAACCUGAGCUAUCCAACAGUGAUAACCGUAUCGCAAACGGUCUAGUAGUUUUUAAGUGAUGCGCGAACAAAUAUACAAACUAACAAACAGAAUGACGCGAUAUAAAAAAAAUAUUCUGUUUCAGUAGCUUAUUGUAAGUACCCUAGACUAUUUUUUUUAUUCACUUUACAGACUUUUUCAUAAUAAUUGCUUUAUUACAUAUAAGUAGGUAUAGAUGUGGACCGCCCGUAUCCCUAAUUUAAUUUACGUUUUUUAAACAUUUCAUUUAUGCUGCGUUCUGCUAAGCAGACUAAUUUUCGAUGAGUUGAGUGGAUAUUCAAAAUAUUUUUUCCCCUUUUUUAUAAGAUUACACUUUACCUACUUUACCUUACCGUAAAAUAAAGCUAAUACUGGGUGCUUUCUAUGGUUCACGUUCGUCCGUUAGUUGUAUGGACCGAAUAAGUUUAAAAGUACGCUUGUUUGUAUUGCACACUUAACAAAUAGUGACAUUCCAAAAAAGUCGUGUUUUUUUAUCCAACUUGUUUCAGAUGGUCGUAUUUUUUUAAAUGUCCAAUACAAAUAGGCAUAGUUUGCAACUUAUUCGGUUUAUACGAACGACCGAACGAAUAUGAACCAUUGUGUAGGCACCCUGAUAAUAAUAUAUACUUUUUCUGUAAAACUUAAACUCAUACACAAUUAUGCAGAAUUGUGUAAGAAUUGAAGUUAAUAAGUCAGUACAUAAUAAAUUAAAUGUAAAUUAGUUUUGGUGGUAACUUAAUAAAAUAAAAACAAAUUUAAAAUA